AUGAAAGAAAUUCCUAUUACGCUUGUGGCAACCAACUCCAGGUUGUUGAUGGAAUGCACCAACAUAGGUGAAACAGGAAACUCUGAAAAAUCCGCUCAGGACGUACAUGAUGAUUUUUCGAUCUUGGCCGAAGAUGCCUCAAUGCCGAUAGCGGUUAUCGGAAUGGGGUUUAGAGGCCCCGGAGAUGCAACUAAUGUGGAAAGACUGUGGAAGGCUCUACUGGAGCAACGUGAAGAAUGGUCACCCAUUCCAGAAAAACGAUGGAAUAGCUCCGCGUUCUAUCAUCCUGACCACGCGAGACAUGGCACGAUCAACGUGGAAGGCGGUCACUUCCUCGAAGAAGAUAUAUCGUUAUUCGACGCACCGUUUUUUAACAUGUCCAGCGACGAGGCGGCAGCUAUGGAUCCUCAGCAGAGGUUAUUGCUGGAGGUUACAUAUGAGGGACUAGAAAACGCUGGGCUGUCUCUGCACCAGGUUGCCGGUAGCAAGACUUCAUGUUUUGUUGGAUCAUUUUGUGCCGACUAUACCGAUUUACUUCUUCGAGAUCCUGAGGCAGUGCCGAUGUACCAAUGCACGAAUGCUGGGCAGUCUCGCGCUAUGACUGCAAAUCGUAUUUCCUACUUCUACGAUUUGAAAGGGCCCAGCGUCACAGUUGACACUGCUUGCUCUGGUAGCUUAGUUGCCUUGCAUCUUGCAUGUCAAAGCCUUCAAACUGGGGAUGCAACGAUGGCAAUUGCGGCAGGGGCCAAUAUUAUCUUGAGUCAUGAGUUCAUGUCCACGAUGAGUAUGAUGAGAUUCUUAUCGCCAGAUGGGCGCUGCCAUACCUUCGAUGAAAAGGCCAAUGGCUACGCAAGGGGCGAAGCAAUAGGUUGCGUUCUUCUGAAACCUCUGGAUCAAGCACUACGAGAUGGGAACACCAUAAGAGCAAUUGUCCGCGGGACUGGGUCAAACCAAGAUGGCCGAACACCAGGAAUCACUUUGCCCAGUGGUGCCGCUCAAGAAGCGUUGAUUCGAGACGUGUAUGAAAGAUGCGGGCUGUGUCCAAGUCAAACGGACGUUGUGGAGGCCCACGGCACCGGUACACAGGCAGGUGAUCCUCUGGAAACAGGCGUGAUAUCGCAAGUAUUUGGCCCCGGGCGUUCUCCAGAAAACCCCGUAUAUAUUGGAUCCAUUAAGACAAAUGUUGGACACCUGGAAGGGACUAGUGGAGUUGCGGGGGUUAUCAAAGCCGUGCUGAUGCUGGAAAAUCAAACAAUUCUUCCUAGUCGGAACUUCGAUACGCCAAAUCCACGCAUCCCUCUCAAAGAAUGGAAGCUGAUAGUACCCCGAUAUCCAGAGGGCUGGAAUAAUCCCGGUCCGCGUCGGGUGUCAGUAAAUAGCUUCGGCUAUGGAGGGAGUAACGCUCAUGCUAUUCUCGAAGAGGCCUCCGGUUAUCUAUCUUCUCGUGGACUAGGCAGAUGGCAUGAGGAGCCAUUAAAAGCUAGCCGGAGGAAAAGAAUGGGGAACGACACCAUUUCAGUCGCUUCGACUCCCAGGCAGAGAAUAUUUCUAAUAUCUGGAUUUGACGAGCACUCCUGCAAGGCGCAAGUCAAGUCUCUCUAUAGGUAUUUGUUAAAGAACGAAAGUAUCAUCGACAAUAUCUUCCUCGGUGAUGUCGCUUCUACCUUGAGCGAAGGUCGAUCUCGGUUCAUGUGGAAGACAGCAGUUACUGGGAGCUCAUUCCAAGAUUUGGCCCAAUCGCUUUCAAACGAAAUAAAACCUCGGAUUUCAUUGAAAAGGCCAACCUUGGCUUUUAUCUUCACAGGACAAGGGGCGCAGUGGGCUGGCAUGGGAAAAGAAUUGUUAGACGCGUAUCCAGUAUUUUGCGAAUCUAUAUCUCGAAUUGACGGUUAUUUGGCGGAGAUGGGAGCGUCGUUCACUGUUUAUGACGAAAUCUCCAAAAGCCCUCAAGACUCCCAACUCAACUAUCCCCUUCUUAGUCAAACGGUGUGCUCAGCGCUGCAAAUAGCUCUCGUUGACCUUCUUGGAUCCUGGAAGGUAUAUCCAGACUCGGUGACGGGCCAUUCCAGCGGAGAAAUUGCCGCUGCGUAUGCGAGUGGUGUGCUGAGCAUGGAAGAUGCUAUGAAAGUCGCUUAUUAUAGAGGGUUGUGUGCCAGCAAGAUUUUAGCAUCGGAUGAGGUUCGAGGCUCCAUGAUAGCUGUCGGUGUUUCGGAGGAGGCGAUAGAACCAUAUAUCUCGAGCCUUGUUUCUGGGAAAGCCGACGUGGCUUGCAUUAAUAGCCCGUCGAGCGUCACGGUUUCGGGUGAUACAGAGGCGAUUGCUGAGCUAGCCGAGAAGUUAAAGGAGAAGUCCAUCUUUUAUCGGCGCCUCGCUGUGGAUGUUGCAUAUCACUCUCAUCAUAUGAAGAUUAUUGCUGAUGAAUAUUCAAGUGCGAUUGCAACUAUCGCCCCCCGAAACCAACGUGUGAGCGCAGAGGAAACGUGGCAGCCUUUUGCGGUAUCUAUGUUUUCCUCUGUGACUGGUAAAUGCAUUCUACCGGAAGAAUUAGGCCCUCGCUAUUGGGUCUCUAAUUUGCUUCAGCAAGUCAAGUUUUCCGACUCCCUCAAAGCUUUAUGCUUCGAAACAAAUCCAUGGCAUCAUCGCACGGGUCUAUUGAAUGGACGGAAAGGAAAGAGAAUAGGAUCUGCUCAAAAGGCAAGCGUGGGCUGCCUUGUUGAGAUCGGUCCCCACUCGGCGCUUUCUGGUCCCGUGAAGCAAAUUAUACAAUCCAAUGUCAAGCUUAGCACUGCCGAUAUUUUCUAUCUCAGCAUCCUCACACGAAACAAAGACGCAGUUAAAUCGGCGCUGGGUGCUGCUUCCACUCUUGUCUCUAUGAACUACCCGCUAGAUCUGAAUGCUAUCAACUUUGCGAAAGGAACAGCAACACAAAGACGACACAGACUUCUUGUGGAUAUGCCUCCAUAUUCCUGGAACCAUACCAGAUCUUACUGGGCUGAACCACGCUUGAGCAAAGCAUUUCGGAAUAGAAGCCAACCGCGAACAGAUCUACUUGGCACACCAGACAACAUCGCAUGUUCUUUUGAACCUCGAUGGCGAAAUUUCAUCAGGGUUUCAGAGAUUCCUUGGAUCAUGGAUCAUAGGAUUCAAUCGGAUAUUGUUUUUCCUGCUGCGGGAUAUUUGUGCAUGGCAACUGAGGCUGCAACGCAGGUAUCAGAAAACUCACAAAAUAUUUCCGCCGUCAUCAUGAGGAAUGUUUCUAUUCACUCGGCUCUCAUCGUUACCGAAGCUAGCGAAGUUGAAGUUUUGACUUCACUUACACCACGCGGAGAAAGCCGGAUGCAUGAUUCACGGGAUUGGUAUAGAUUCCACAUCUAUUCGGUUUCAAGAGAAAAUAAGUGGACAGAACAUUGUUCGGGGGAUAUCAACGUCGAAUCGCAACCUAAUGGUACAGAGAAUGUGACAAUUCAGUAUUCGGAAAGCUCGAAUAUCCAUCCCGCCAGUUCCAAGCCACAAGGCAUUCGGGUAGUCCAUGUUGACCGUCUGUACGACCGACUACGGAAGGCAGGGCUUGAGUACGGGCCUUCCUUUGCUAAUUUAACAUCCGCCCACGCAACAGAAACUGGAACUUGCUUCGCUGAGAUUACGAUACCGAAUACCGAGACAGCCAUGCCGAUGAACUUCCAAUAUCCCCUCCUUAUUCAUCCAUGUACGCUGGACAGUGUUUUCCACACGAUAUUUGCUGCGCUGCCGGAGGACAUGGGGGUGGAAAAGGGUCCUAUUAUCCCAGUGUCGCUCGGCUAUAUGCGCUUGUCUUGUCAGAUGACUUCUUUGCCCGGAGACAGAUUAAGCGUUUGUACGGAUGUUCGGCCUGGCUCGCGGGGGCAGAUCGUCGCCUCGAUAGUCGUUGCUGAGAAUGACUCCAAUAUGUGCAGUCUGAACCCGAAAAUAUCAAUCAGCGGGUUGAGGGGUACCCGGCUCGAAGUUGCACCAAACAUGAGCAAAAAUUCAAAGAAUGUUCCCAUCGCAUACGGAAUUGAGUGGCGAGCGGACCCCAUGUUUAUCACCAAGGGUGAAUUUUCACUCCAUCAUGAAAGGAAUGGUAGCUCUCGAGGGAGUCUCAUUCCGCGAGACGAAUACGACUACUAUGUCACAAUCCUAAUACAAAAUGUGGUCGAGGCUUUCAAAGAAGAGCAUAGUCGGAAACCAGAUUUGAUCUACGACAAAUACAGAUCGUCGUUGUCGGAAAUGCUUCGCGUAUAUGCAAUCGACGAGAACAAAUCGCUUGAUCAGAUAAUAGUCACCAACAAAGCUCCUUCGAGUCCGAUGGGAAAAUUAAUCAGCAUGAUCGAUGCCUACCUUGCUUCAUUAUCCCAGAUCGAAGACGAAUCCUUUACCCAAAUUCACGAAGAGCUUUCCAACGCUUAUCAUGAAGUCCUUUCAAUGGAUAAAGCAUACAUUGCUGUCUUGGAGCAUAUCAAACUUAUUGGAUUUAAGAAGCCAGACAUUUCAAUUCUACAACUCUGUGAUGGGACGCAGCGAGGAGUCUUCUUUCCCCCCUUCUCAAUAUACACUUUUACAUACCACGACGAGGAAGACCACGAGCGAGCAAAGUUGUACUUGGAAAAAUGGACAAAGUGGAUCGAUCUGAUGAAGCUCGGAGAUCCGCGCGGAAUUUCCGAUCCUUCUAUGCGUGGGCCGGACGAUUUUUCCUACGAUCUUAUCAUCGCACCGAAUGGAUUUCACUCAUUCCACUCCAGCCUCGAGGCGCUUCAAAUAUGUCGCUCUAUGCUGAAGCCGAUGGGAACUUUGAUUAUCGUCGACCCGCUUCGUCCCAAUGAGAGCAUUCUAGAUAAUUUCCUAACCACCGCUUUAUAUCUAUGGCCCGUGGGGAAUUUCGAACCACCAAGGGGGUUGGAAGAUGAGGGAAGUGACCUUGAUGAUAUGAUAUAUAAAGCUGGGCUUACGUCGAAUCGAGACGCAGGCAGCAGUGACCGGCAGAGGAAUCUCGUGGGAGGCUUCAUAAUUUGCCACCCAGAACACGAGGCAAAUCUCAUCGACAGGGAAUUCUUGGUAAUCCAAGCAGAUCAUGAUGGUGAUAAAAUGUCCAUGGCUGAAUGCUUGAGAUAUGAUCUUUUGGGUUUAUGCCCGAAGGUUGACACAUCAUGUCUAGAUACAGCAAAUGCGAUAGGAAAGAUUUGCAUUGUGAUCAACGACGUACCUGAGAAUGUUCUUGCAAACCCAGAUUCCGAGACUCUUUCAAAACUGAAAGAAAUAUUUCUUUACAGCAGCGGUGUACUUUGGAUCAGCCGGGGUGGAGCUAUUGAUCCAACAUUCCCUGAAUACGGACUUGGUGUUGGCUUUGCCAGAACGGCCAGAUCCGAGUCUGCCGUGAAGCCGAUUAUCACGCUUGACCUAGACGCACAAAAUCCGUUGACGAAUCAGAGAUCCACGAAAGUAAUCACGACGUUGAUUCAGAAAUGCUUCUCUCAAAUAAACUCUGGAGAUAUGGAUGCGGAAUAUGCUGAAAGGAAUGAAGUUAUUAUGAUACCACGAGCAAUCGAGCGGUCAGACAUCAACCAACACUUCAGUCACAUUAACGAGACAGAGAUCCAGUGUGAACAGCAUUUCCGACAAGUCAAAAAACCAAUUCGAGUUUCUAGACCGAAUGGUCACAAUAUACAGUCGCAUUUCGCAAUAGACUUUGAAAUGACCAGUCCGCCACCAACAGGAUAUGUGAGGAUCGAAGUAAUGGCAUUUGGACUGGGCGAAUGGGAUAUACAAGAAGAUGCAGAUGAGUUCCAGGUGAGGGGAACAUUGGGUUUCGAAUGCAGCGGCCGAGUCCUGGCAAUUGGGCCAGGGGUAAACCUUUUUUCUAUCGGUGAUCGUGUCGCUUGUCUUGGGGCCGGGACAGCAAGGAGCUACUAUCAAGACAGGGAUACCUCUUUUCAAAGAAUUAGCGAUUUCAUAACUUAUGAAAUGGCUGCCGUUGUACCUGUUGAAUAUACGACUGCAUACUACAUCAUACACUAUUUGACACGGACCAGGCCGGACGAAUUGGUUCUGAUUCAGGAUGCUGCCAGCUUUCUUGGGCAGGCGAUGCUUGAGAUGUGUUGUAUUCGUGAAACUGGGGUACUAGCAACAGUGACUGACCCGUCGCAAAAAGACCUCCUCUUGAGCAGAUUUGCCAUUCCGCCUGAGCGGGUCUUCAUCGAGGGCGUGGACGAUAUUGUUAUGAAUAUCCUCGAACUCACCAGCGGCAAGAAGGCUCGAGCUGUCAUUUCGACUGCGAAAAGGAGGCAUCGGAUAUAUCGAGAACUGGUCAAGUGUGCUGCAUCAUUUGGCCAUUUUGUUCAAAUUUCAUAUCACAACGACGAGAGAGAAGUAGACAAUACCUGGAGCCCUACAAAAAACAUUUCAUUCUCGUCUUUCAAUAUCCUCGAUUUUCAGAAGGACAGGGCAGACCUGACACGACAAAUAUGGCCAAAGGUUGUUCAGCUCUUUAAUGAGGGGAAGCUUCACGGCCCCUCAUCACUAUCCGUCUACAAAAUCUCAGACUUGGAUCAGGCACUGGGUGAAAUUUCCACUCAAAACCACGUGGUAGUGACCGCGGUAGACAACGAAAUAAUUCAGUUGACACGACCAAAAAUUUCUAAGGAUAUAUUCCAAUCAGACGCAUCAUACCUCCUAGUUGGCGGACUCGGAGGUAUUGGACGCGCAAUAGCCUUAUGGAUGGCCGAAAAGGGCGCAAAGAACCUCAUCCUGCUCAACCGAAGCGGUCUAGCAAAGGCGUCCGCUCAGCCCACUGUCCAGGAACUCACCGAGAAAGGCGUUCAAGUCGACAUUCAUACGUGCGAUAUAUCAAAUGAGUCAGAAGUCAGACAAAUGUUCCUCGACAUUUCGUGGGGGGCACCGCCGGUCCGUGGGAUUGUGCAUGGGGCUAUGGUUCUCAAGGAUAUCCAUAUCCAAAAAAUGACGGCAGAAGACUACCUUGAAGUGCUACAACCCCGGUACAAUGGAACCUGGAAUCUUCACAAUCACGCUCCAACCGAUCUAGAUUUCUUCCUGAUGCUCUCGUCGAUUAGCGGGGUGAUCGGAAAUGCGACACAGGCUGCCUACGCCGCCGGCUCGGCCUUUAUGGACUCGUUCUCUGCCUACCGAAAUACGCUGGGCCUCCCAGCUACAUCCUUGGACCUAGGCACCGUCACAGACGUGGGAUAUCUGGCCGAGAAUGAAGGGCUUGCGAGUAAGAUGGUCAAACAAGGGUUUCAUGGUACAGAUACUCCGACGCUUCUGUCGCUUGUACAGGUUGCUAUUGAGCAGCAGCUAAAGCAUCAGACUGUAGGCACUGGGAGUUCUCAAAUUAUAACAGGACUGGGAGAGUGGAAGGAGGGUCAUUCAUUGGGGAAUUUUGAGGCGCCACUGUUCGCGCAUUUUCGAAGGAGGUAUCGUUCUGAUGGAGCUGCCGGGGCGACGGAGGAUGAGGAUGCUGUUCAGAUGGUUCGGGAUGCCUUGCGAGUGUCGAAGACGCAGGAUGAUGCUAUUUCCAUUAUUUUUGAGGCCCUGAGUGCGAGGAUUGCUUCGCAGUUGGGUAUCUCGGUGGAAAGGAUUGACCCUGCUAGUCCGUUGUCUGAGUUUGGGGUCGAUUCGCAUGUUGCGGUUGAGUUACGCAAUUGGAUUAAUAAGACGAUGGAUAGUGCUGUGUCUAUUUUGGAGAUCUUGGCUACUGAUUCGGUGCUGCAUUUGGCUAGUCAUAUUGCGAGACGGUCUCAGUUGAUUGAAAUUCGUGGUGAUGGUAUUUAG